AUGACCGUCAACCUGGUCCCUGACUUCAAGUUUGAGAUCGCCUCCUCCUCCAAGGACCUCCUCUCCCUAGCCGCACGCUACAGGAAGAUAUGCUUUCCUCGCAAAGCGCGUUGGGCUCCCAACCGACAGGACAGGAGCACGGCUCUCACCAAGCUUCAGCUCGUUGUAACGUCUCCCGAUCACGUCCUCAGUCCGCACACGGACGAGUCCUACACCCUCCUGCUACCUGCCGGGGGCAAGGGCGAGGGAGGGAGGGUGGCUGUGCUAGAGGCCAGCACGCAGUUUGGGGCCAUGAGAGGGCUGGAGACUUUCUCGCAGCUGCUGCACUUCGACUUUGACCUGAGUGCCUACAGGGUCCUCCAUGCUCCAUGGCAGGUGAAGGACAAGCCUCGCUUCCCUCACCGCGAGCUCCUUGUGGACUCAGCCAGGCAUUUCCUCCCCGUCCGCGUCCUGAAGGACCUCCUCUCCUCCCUCUCCUUCGCCAAGAUCAACGUCCUCCACUGGCACCUUGCCGACACCCAGUCGUUCCCCAUGCAGAGCAGGAACAACCCCGAGCUCUCAAGGAGAGGAAGCUUCUCCUCUGACGAGACCUACUCCGAGGAUGACGUGGCAGAGAUCGUCGAGUGGGGGAGAAUGCGGGGGGUCCGCGUCCUCCCUGAGAUCGACAUGCCGGGGCACGCGGCGAGCUGGUGCAGGGGAUACCCCAAGAUCUGCCCCAGCCCCUCCUGCCUCGAGCCGUUGAGCCCGGUCAUGCCGACCCCUCUAACUCCCUUCGCUUCCGACGAUACCUUCACGGUAGUGGAGAGGCUGAUGGGGGACGUUGUCAGCUCCUUCCCGGAGCCUCUGCUGCACCUUGGAGGAGACGAGGUGAACACAAGCUGCUGGGAGGCAUCGGAGAGCAUCAAGGGAUGGAUGAAGCAGAACAACCUGACGACAGGAGAUGCGUUUAAGCUCUUCCUCUUGCGUGCGCACGCCAUGGCAGCCAAGUUCCACAGGCGGCCGGUGGUGUGGGACGAAGUGUGGGACGUGGUAGGAGCAAACUUGAGCAAGGACGUAAUCAUUCAGCAGUGGAGAUGGGGAGGAAACCACGUGAAUAGGACCAAGAAUGUAACGUCCAACGGAUAUCAGCUGAUCUGGAUGGUGGACCCGGACUGGUACCUUGACAGCCUGUCGACAGGAUGGGAGAAAAUCCACACGACCGACUUGUGCGAGGGCUUGACUGAGGAAGAGUGUGAGCGAGUGAUAGGAGGAGGCGGCGGCAUGUGGGGGGAGACAGUGGAUGCCUCGGACCUGGAGCAGACAGUCUGGCCUCGGAUGGCAGCCUUGGCAGAAGUCCUGUGGUCACCUGCUCCAACGGGAAAGAGGUCGAGGUUGAAAGCUUUCCGCUGCCUCCUCCUUCAGCGAGGAGUACGCGCGGCACCUGUUGACAAUGCUGUGGCUCGAACAGCUCCUUCGGGGCCAGGAGGUUGUAGGGAUGCGUGA